AUGGUGGGGGCCGCAGCGGGCGGCAGAGGCGGAGGUGCCUGGGGGUCCGGGCGCGGAGGUGCCCGGGGGCUCCGGCGGGGUUGCUCUCCUCCAGUCCCCGCUGGCUCCCCCCGGGCUGGGCUGCAGCUGCUCAGGGCCAUGGUCCCCUUCCAGCUGCAGCAGCCGCACCAGCGCCGGGACGGGGGUGGCCGCGCAGCCAGUGUCCCGUGUUCGGUGGCCCCAGAAAAGUCAGUGUGUCGGCCUCAGCCACCCCAGGUCCGACGCACCUUCUCCCUGGACACCGUCCUCAGCUCCUACCUUCUGGGCCAGUGGCCACGAGAUGUCGAUGGGGCCUUCACCUGCUGUACCAAUGACAAAGCCACCCAGACCCCGCUGUCCUCCAGCUCCUGCACGCACAAGCGCUCAGCGUCCUGGGGCAGCACAGACCACCGAAAAGAGAUCACCAAGCUGAAGCAGCAGCUGCAGAGGACGAAGCUGAGCCGGAGUGGGAAAGAGAAGGAGCGAGGGUCCCCGCUUCCAGGGGACCACGCUGUGCGGGGAGCACUGAGUGCGUCCCCUCCCAGCUUCCCCUCAGGGACCCCCGUCCUGAGACUCAGCCCUUGCCUGCACAGGAGCCUGGAAGGGCUUAACCAAGAGCUGGAGGAGGUGUUUGUGAAGGAGCAGGGGGAAGAGGAGCUGCUGAGGAUCCUUGAAGUCCCUGAUGGGCAUCGGGCCCCAGCUCCUUCCCAGAAUGGCAGCUGCGAUCAUCCCCUCCCCCUGCUGGAGGCAGGCAACCUUGCCAGCUCUCCCUCCAUGCCCCUGGCAUCCCCCCAGCCUUCUGGCCGAGCCAGCCGUGAGGACCACCGGGGUGCCAUGGAGGAGCUGGCAUCCAUGCCCAGCGACAAGGCUUCCUCUCCAGGCCGCCCAGCCUUCCUUGAAGAUGGCAGCCCGUCUCCAGUCCUCGCCUUCGCCGCCUCCCCUCGGCCCAAUCACAGCUAUGUCUUCAAACGGGAGCCCCGGGAAGGCUGUGAGAGAGUGCGUGUGUUUGAAGAGGCCACGUCCCCGGGGUCUGACCUGGCCUUCCUGACUUCCUGUCCGGACAAGAACAAAGUCCACUUCAACCCGACCGGCUCUGCCUUCUGCCCCGUCAGCUUGAUGAAGCCCCUCUUCCCCGGCAUGGGCUUCAUCUUCCGCAACUGCCCCUCCAGCCCGGGGUCUCCCAGGGCGCCGCCCCGGAAGGAGCCAGAGGCCUCGCCCCUGCCAUUUGAGCCAUGGCAGCGUACCCCACCAUCUGAAGACCCCGUGCUGUUCCAAAGCUCCCUGGUGGUCUGAGGGCACCACCACUCACUUUACCGCGGAGACCAGUGCCAUGGUGGCAGGCCCCUCCUGCGCUCCC